AGAUCGAGACAUAUAUCACAACACUACACUGCAUGGAAACAAACAAGUUAGGAGGAGAAACGAAAUGAAGGAAGAGACGCUUUAACAUGGCUAUCAGAACACUGCUGCUGGUUCUCUGCAUCAUCUUCCUCCUCGUCUCUCCCUCCCUCAGUGGCCGUACGCAAUUGGAGCGACAGAGAAAAGCCAUUGAGAUUAGCAUCGGCGUUGGCGUCGGGGGCAGUGGCAGCGAGAGCCCCACUGCGUCGCCAUCUCCAACGGAUGAUUCUGGCGGCUGCUCACCGCCUGCGUCGCCACCGUCGUCCGAGCCGCAGCCCUCCGACUUCCCCAACCUCAAGCAGUACUACGCCUACCUCGUCAUCCAACGCUUCAAGCGGAGCAUCACCUGCGAUCCUAAUGGCGUCAUCCAGACAUGGGUGGGCUACCGGCCUUGCACCUACCAGGGCUUCUAUUGUGCAGCCCCGCCGGACUCCCCCGACACGCCCACCAUCGCCUCCGUAGACUUCAAUGGCUUCCGCCUCUGCGCGCCGACUGUCGCCGGCUUCGUCGACCAGCUCCCCGACGUCGCGCUCUUCCACGCCAACUCCAACAACUUCUCCGGCCCCAUCCCCGACCUCACCGGCCUUCCCUACCUCUACGAGCUCGACGUCAGCAACAACCUCCACUCCGGCCCGUUCCCGGCCGACGUCCUCGCGCUAAGCAACCUCAUCUUUCUAGACCUCCGUUACAACCUCUUCGCCGGCUCCGUCCCGGCCUCCGUCUUCGCCCUCGACCUCGACGUGCUCUUCCUCAACAACAACAACUUCUUCCGGCCGCUGCCGGCCGACCUCGGCAGCUCGCCGGUGGCCUACCUGACCCUGGCCAACAACGGCUUCACCGGGCCGAUCCCCCGGUCCAUCUGCAACGCGUCAAAAACCCUGGUCGAGGUGCUCUUCCUCAACAACAAGCUCUCCGGCUGCCUACCGUACGAGAUCGGAUUACUGAGCAUUGCGACGGUGUUCGACGCGGGGUUCAAUCAGGUCACCGGGCCGAUACCGUGGUCCUUCGGCUGCCUGCUCAAGGUGGAACAGCUGAACCUGGCGGGGAAUCUGCUCUACGGGGAGGUGCCCGACGUGGUAUGCCGGCUGGCCAAGGACGGCAACUUGGCGAACCUGUCGCUGUCGGGGAACUACUUCACCUCGCUGGGACUCUCCUGCUGGGACUUGGUCAAGAGCGAAGUGCUCGACGUGCGGCAUAACUGCAUAGUGGGACUGCCGGAGCAGCGGCCGCCGUCGGAAUGCUCCAAAUUCCUGUGGCGGCCGAAGCACUGCCCGGUGUCGCACUAUAUUCCAUGCAGCCUCUCGAAUUGUUCGGUAAAGCCGGCGGCGUCGAAGUCGACGUCGUCAGAGUACAUGACCUAUAAGGCGCUUCAUCAACCACCGCCGAAUUAACAGAUUACCAGACACUGCAGCAUCAUCACUUCUUCUCCUCGUGUCUUCAUCUCUUUCAUAUAUUUCUGCCCUGCAACUUGUAUUCUCGGUCUUCUUCUUGUUCAACUGUAAGAACCAAGAAAGGGUAAUUUAGCGCAGUUGAAUAAUAACACGAAUGCGGCGACGAGGCCUUUUCCAA